AUGAGGAAAAACAGGAAACAGAGCAUUGUGAAAGAUGGGUACGAACCCUCCAUGAGGAAAAACAGGAAACAGAGCAUUGUGAAAGAUGGGUACGAACCCUCUGCAGACGAAGACGAAGAUAGUUAUGAGAAAUCGGACACUGAAAGAGCGGUUCCGGUGGAGAUUUUUCGUCGGAGAAACAGGGGAAAACGCCGAUUGAAGAAAAAUGGUUGUAACUCACAGGAUCCGUUGGUUGUAUGUGGUGGCGAUAUCAUGUUGAUGAUAUUGAGCUUUCUCGACGCACACAGUGUGGCUUCAUCACUUGUUGUUUCUCGUAGAUGGCGCAGAGUUGCUUCCAGUGAUACCGUUUGGUCUGAAAAGAUUAAAGAGCUAUGGGCUGAUAAAGCUCAUCUACCUCGUUUUGCUCUAGUUGAGGGGUUGUCAAAGUUGUCUGCUUACACCUUAUCCAUUCAUGAUGGCAAACGGGGUGCCCCAGAAUACUGGCGUGAUUUGGAUCCAUACUGGAGAGGAACAGGGCAACCAAUGCAUCGCUACUUCCAUGAAGAUGGAAGCCAAACUGCUGAUGUUGAUGAUCAGGUAUGGGGAGGCCAUGAAUGUUGUUACUCCAUUGUUACGAGCUUCUUAGCAGAUGGGAGAAUUCGGGAACAUUAUGUAAGAAUCAACAGUUGGGCACAAUUGUCUAUUUCAAGGAGGCUUGAUUGGGGUUGGGAAAUGUCAAAUCGUUUAUGUUUCUACUCGAGUGUUCCCGAUGCUUAUAAGCCAGGUGGCACCGGUCCCUAUCUUCCUGUUCAUUAA